AUGGGCGAUACAGUUCGCGUUGAAGAGCUCUUGAAGAGACCUCUUUACGUCUAUGAUCUUCCCCAGGAGCUUCUUGCGACACUAAGCGCAAAGACUACCAACCAAUCCGUUGCCGAACAGAGCACCGGGGACGAUCACAAAGAUCCCGAGAUCGCCGCACAAGAAUCUGCGAUUGCUACAUCAACUCAAUGCUCGCUCUGCAAGGUAUCCUACAAUAGUGUUCAAGAACAGCGCAGUCACGUUCGCUCUGAUCACCACCGGUACAACCUAAAAUCUCAACUACGUGGAACCGCAACACUUGACGAAGUUCAGUUUGCAAAAGCUGUUGGAGACCUCGACGAGUCAAUAUCUGGAUCCGAGUCGUCGGAGUCUGAGGAUGAAGAUAUCGAUGGUAGUGCCGACACGACACUGACGGCUUUGCUGAAAAAGCAGGCCAAACUGUCUGGGGCGAACGAAGAGGAGGAUCACAUCGUGAAGGGUACGCCGAAGAACCCGUUAUUCUGGCUUUCCAGCUCCAGUUUACCCUCGAAUAAGUCUCUGGGUGUUUACAGAGCAAUCUUCUCCCAGGCGGAGCAAGAUGAACCAGGUCACUUGGUGGACACAAUACGAAAGAAACAACUGGCUCCGGUAAAGGCCCGAACGAAUAAUGCGCACGCUCAACAAGAUCCAACGGCUGCGGGGCCUCAUAUCUUCAUGUGUAUGAUCGGGGGUGGUCAUUUUGCUGCAAUGCUGGUGUCAUUGGCGCCGGAGAUUCAUCGCAAGCAGGGAGGCGUUGAGGAGAGACAGGCGCGAGUCAUCGCACACAAAACAUUCCACCGAUACACCACCCGACGAAAGCAGGGUGGCUCCCAGUCUGCCAGCGAUGCUUCCCGAGGAGCUGCGCACUCUGCUGGUUCUAGUCUACGUCGGUACAACGAAGCUGCGCUCGAGAAAGACAUUCGGGAAUUAUUAGCGGACUGGAAGCAGAUGAUUGACACGUCCGAAUUGUUGUUUAUUCGUGCUACUGGAAAGACAAACCGGAAGAUUCUUUUCGACAAGUACGAGGGUCAGGUUCUCAAGCAAAAUGAUCCCAGAGUGCGAGGCUUCCCCUUUAACACUCGCCGAGCUACUCAGGGAGAGCUUAUGAGAUGUUUCAAGGAAUUGACUCGGGUAAAGGUCAGUGAGGUUGACGAGGCCGCACUGGCGGCAGCUGCAGCUGCGGUAAAGCAGAAAGAAAAGGAGGAGUCGAAGCCAUCUACGCCACGCCCUCAACCGCAAAAGCCCAAGAUUUCAAAGGAAGAAGACGUCGCUCAGCUUCACACGACCCAGAUUCAGGCUCUGAUCCGCCGAUCAAAGGUCCCUGCCCUAAUGUCAUAUCUAUCCAACAACUCCAUACCCUCUUCAUUCACUUUCCAGCCUACUGAUUCUCAACAAAACUUCCGUUGUCCAACCCCCCUUCAUCUGGCAGCCAACCUAAAUGCUCCCGCUGUCGUCUCGGCGCUGCUCACCAGAGCCAACGCGGACCCUACGGUCACAAACAACGAAGGAAGAACCCCAUUUGAGCUUUCAGGAGACCGCCCCACUCGCGACGCAUUCCGAGUUGCCCGCCAUGAGCUGGGCGAAUCAAAAUGGGAUUGGAGUAUGGCUAAGGUCCCAUCGGCUGUGUCCAAGGCCGACGCGGAUAGACGAAAUGAACAAGAGCAAAAGUCUGCAGAGGCAGAGGAGAAAAACCGUCGGAAGGCCGAUUUGGAGCGACUGAAGAAGGAGGAUGCUGAAAGGGAGGCUCACUUAGCUGCAAGCAAGCCUGGUCGUACCCUUGGUGCAGUCGAAAAGACAGCAGCAGAGAAGCGUGACGAAGAGACGCGAGGCAUGGCGCCGGAGAUGAGAAUGAGGCUGGAAAGGGAACGGCGAGCUCGCGCAGCCGAAGAACGUUUCCGCCGAAUGCAAGGGAGUUGA